AUGUAUAGGACGGGGCAGCCGAAUCCGCCGCCAAAAAUGCUUAAUAAGCACGGAUUACAUGUACGAUGGCCUCGUCCAUGGAUAUUUAUAAUUGGAAUAAUUCUAAUAUUUUUAACAUUUAUCAUUGCCGGUAUGGAAGUUGGUAAUACAAUUGCUGAUUUAUAUCGAGCAACAGCAUUCGGAGCAUGCGUGCCCAAUGUAUGUUUUAUCCGAUUUACUAUAUUUGUAUGUUGUCUAAUGAUUAUAUUAUGUGCCGCUUUAAUUACAUAUGAUGUUUUUGUUUUUGUCGAUCCUACUCGAUGUUUCAUUCUUAGUUGUAAUAAUGCGGGAAUCUUAACAUCAAGUGGAACAACUUUUACUGGUUGGCCAGUUACUAUAACAUGGCCAUCAUAUUUUACAACAGAUAUGAAUCUGAAACUUAUCUUUAUGAGUAUUCAAUUGUUCUGUUCUGUUUUAUAUAUUUUAUUCGUUUUAUUAUAUAUAUUAACAUAUAUUAUUUAUCGAUACAUUAAAUUACAACAACAACAAGUUCCUUACAAUGUUAAUCGUAAUGUAUUUCCAUCAUAUGAUACAAAUAGAGUAUCAGAAAAACCUAUGAAUAGAUCAGUAUCAGCAAAACCUAUGAAUAGAGCGGUAUCAAGAAAUUCAAACUAUCCGCCACAAUCAUAUUCACAUUCUAUGCCUAAUAAUAAAGUUACAGUAUAUAAACUCGAUGGUCAACCAGAUACAUCUUCACAACGGCAUUUUCCACAAGAGACAUCAGCACCAAGACCUGUUACCAGAGCAAUAUCAAGAAGUUCAAAUCAUGCACCUCAAUCUUAUUCACAUGUGAAUCCAAAUCAAAAGAUUACAGUAUAUUCAAUUGAAGGUCAGUUAGGUACAACUCCACGUCGACAUAAUCCAUCUGAAACAUAUCAAUCUGGAAGAGGAACAACGACGCCAACGAAAUCCAAACAAAAAACUUUUAUACGACCGCGAGCGAGUUCAGUUGAUGAUGGUCGAUUAUGUACACGUUGCAAACGCGAACCUCGAAUGGUAUGUGCAACACAUUAUGAACGACAAAAUUACUUUUCAAAUUUAUGCCUCGGUUGCAAUGAUGAAUUGUCUCAUGAAAAUCGAAAAGCACCACCAUAUGUUCCAUCAAAAUAUAAUCGUCAUUGGGUACCAUAA